AUGGUCUCAUCAGUAUCUAGAACUGACAACAAUGACCAUCCAGAUGAGCAUUAUUGUCUUAUCUCUGUAAAGAAUAAUAAGGCCAAGGUUCCUCUUGGCAUUACAGCAGUCAGAAGAACCUUUAGAGUUUUACAAACAAUUAGGAAGCUAGUGAUAGUCUCUGACUAUAAUUUUCCUAUAGGUGUACAGCAAAAGCUGAUACCAUUAGUUUAUUUAAUAAUAAGUCCUAAUGAUACAAAUGUUAUGCUUCGCAAUAGCCAACUUUCAAUUUUCAUUCAUCCUCAAUAUGGAGUUGGCACAAGUUCUACAACUCAUAUGCAAGAUUUAGAUUUAUUAGUAAAAGACAGCCAUCUGGAUGGUAUGUUAAAAAUAGAAAAUAAGAUUAAACCUAUCUGGGUCCUUCUUGUUGAUGGAGGCCCAGAUGAGAAUCCUUAUCAUAUGAAGAACAUUGUCAAAUAA